AGUAACGUGUUUAGUACAAUUACGAACAGCCAUGCGUGUGCUAAUUUCUCUAGUAGUGGUUUUUUCUGUCGCUACAGCGGCACCAACAGAUCUUCAGAGGAUUGCUGGUGGUAGCACUGCAACCAUCAAUCAAUAUCCAGAAAUAGUCGCUCUACUGUUCUCCAACACUAAUAGCGGACACAGACAACUAUGCGCUGGAACGAUCAUUAGCAGUAGAUCCGUUCUCACUGUUGCUCACUGCACCUCUGGUUACGCACCAGGCAAUUGGCGAAUCCGUGCAGGAUCUGUCAACGCCAACAGUGGUGGUAUCGUCUUUGAUUCCCUCUACAUCAUCAAUCAUUCACAAUACAACCCCGCUACCAUGGAAAAUGAUAUCUCCAUCAUCCGUACCUCAAUUACUUUUACUAACGUAAUCCAACCUGCAACUCGUCCCUCGUCUGGAUAUGUGCUUGGAGAUGAUCAAGCGGUGUGGGCUGUUGGUUGGGGAGCUACUUCUGCUGGAGGUGCACUGUCUGCACGACUGAGACACGUGCAGGUAUGGACUGUGAACAAUGCUGAAUGCAAAAGACGUUAUACCAACUUACGUGAUGUCACCGAUAGUAUGUUGUGCACCGGUUGGGACAUGGGAGGUCGCGGUCAGUGCACUGGUGACGAUGGUGGCCCGCUAUAUCACGGGACAACCGUUGUCGGCAUCUCAUCGUGGCGUUUUGGAUGUGGACAGGGCUUUUACCCUAGUGUCAAUACUCAAAUUGUACCAUUCCUUACUUGGAUAACAAACAAUGCAUAAUAUUAAAUAAUAUUAUUUUUAUAGAUAGAAGCAUAAAUUACUGAAAUAUUUAGGAAUUAAACACCUAAUUGUAUAUUAUAAUAUUAAACUCGAAACAAAAUCAUUAAUAUUAAGCAGCAAACGUUACAAAAACAUAAACGCAUAUAUUAAUAUAAAUACAAUAAAUGUUCACAUAUCCCUUUGUUAUUAAAAAGAAAUAUUGUUUUAGUAAAUUAUGGUUAGGAUUUUUGUGAGACAAUUGAUAAGUAGACAAGCUCUUGAGGAAAAAGCACAGAAAAGAGCAUUUUUUUGUAUUAAAAUACAAAUAAUUUAGGUUCGAGUGUUGUUCGAUUGGAAAACGGAAGUAAGUUCCAAAAAAAUACUUGAAAAAUCUUAAAUUUAAAUCGUUUAUUGUAUAAUAUAAAGACUGCAAAAGUAAACAUAAAAUGUAUACCAAUGCAUAUAAAUAAUAAAACUAUAAAAUUGACUAUUAUUCAUUUAUUGUUUGAAACUUACAUUUUUAUUACUUACUACGAAAUUUUGUAAAUAAAUAAAUGUUACUGAUAUCGUUACUC